CCAGCGCUAAGAACAUGUCACGUGUACAUCACGAGCAUGCGGCUGACACGUGGAACGCUCGUGUAGCCACUGCUCUGCUUCAAAGCUCGUAUAUAUAUAUACACACACAAAAUCACAAACUUCCACCCCCAAUGCAUAUCUCAGCACAACCAUUCAGAAUUGAAUCAAUCAUGAAAGGGGUUUCUUCUUAUGUUGCUGAUACCCACAUGUUCUAUUCUUCUCCUUCUUUGAGAAAUUGUAAUCAUCCUCUCAUUUCAUGUCAAAAAAAUGUUGUCUAUCCUUGUAGUUUCACACUGAAAGUGAAACCACUGGUGAGAGAUUUGAGCUUCAACCAUUAUGCAGGUUGUGCUGUGCAGAAUCGGAAGAAGAAUGAUGGGUUUGUUGUAGGAUGUGCGAAUUGGGGUUUGGAGAGAGAACCUGAAGCUGAGAUUAAGACACAAGAAGAUGAUGAGGAGAACGGGAUUGGGAGGUUUAGGCACAAGUGUGGGGAAAGGGAAGAGGUGGUGGAGCUGUUGGAGUGUUUGGAAAAGGAAGCAAUAAUGGGUGAGGAUGUGGGAAAAGAGCCUACAGAUUACAAUAGAAGGGCUCACAUAUUUGAUACCAGCUCAAAAGUGUUCCAAGCUCUCAAGGAGGAAGUGAACAAUGAUGAUGAUGAUGAUGAUGAUGUUUUUGCUCAACAGUCACCUCCAUAGUCCAAAUAGACAUUGUUUUGCUCAUAUAAAUUGUGACAAAGUUGUAUCAAAGAAUGUUGAAUCAGAGUGACAUAUUGUAUUGUAGAAUGUAGAUGUUGUGCUAUGUUACUAACAUAUUACUCAGAGCCAGUUUAUUUUUUUGUCCUUUUCUUAUUCGAGAUUGAGAAACUGAUGUACUCAUUUUGUUGGGGGUUCAGCUAAUAAGGAUGCAAUCAAGUGAAUUCUAUUUUUGUAUCAUUGAGGAAUAGAAGUGUAAAGUUGAAACAAGAGGAAAAUAUUGAUGCAA